AUGAGCACAAGACCAGCACCACACGAGUUAGUGCUACAGGGCUAUUUACACAAGCAGAGCAAGCAUUUGAAAAUCUGGCGCAUUCGUUAUUUUAUGCUCACAAAGAAUGAGAUUACGUAUUCUACCAAAUCUGGUCGCACACCACGAUUGUUAUUAUCGUUAGGAAAUGUUCAAGUGAUUGACGAUCAGAAUCAGGUGUGCCAUGUUGGCAACUUUGUCUUUGUACUUCAGACUUCAACGAGGAAACUGUUUUUAAGCGCAACGACGGAGCAAGAGCGGCGUCAAUGGGUGAAGGAGCUGCGUGAAUUGCUGCCUGGAGAAGGCGAUGAAGCACACCGAUCAGUUUUUGAAUCUUUUCUCAUUGGUCGGAAUCUGUCGAGUACGACGAAACCUUUGAACGCAGCGGCCACUAUGCAAAACAAUUGGAAGAAAUCACACAAGCGCGCGUCCAAAGAGCGACGUAUGGAGAGACGGCGUCAACAGCUUCCGAAGUUAAAAUGGACGUUUACUGAGAUAUGGCUGGACGAUGUGUUUACACUGCCAAGCGGUAGUACACGCGACGACGUGCCUCUGCUGGAUGCUUUGUGCUUUGCGGGUAUCCCCAAGGAGCUACGUGGCCGCGCUUGGGCCUGGCUUCUUGGAAACACACUGCAAGUGAACGAAGAUCUGUUUAAUAUCUGCAAGGCUCGAGCUCAGGCUGUGUUGAUGGAAAUGUCCUUAAAGCGGAGUGUGGACCGACCAAUGAUUGAGACACCGACGGUUAGCUCGGACAAUGAAAGUAUCAUUCUUGAGUCACCGACCAGAAGUUUUUCGAGUAUGAGCAGUGUUUCAUCCACUUUCGAAAGUGUCGUGAAAGAUACUGAAGUAACACUAGCUACAGAAAAGUCGGAAAUACCCCACGUCGCCGAUAGCACGGUAUCUGCUGCUGAAGCUCGACCAUCAAUCGAAACCCCAGUGGUAGUUGGCGUGAACGACCAAAAAAGAGCGAGGCGAUCAUCUGCAGUACUUCCUGUGCAGAACAUGUUACUGGACGCCGUGGGGAUUGCUGAGAUGCUUGUCGCACAUGGUGAACGUAGCAUAAAGCUUGUUAAUGUUGACAUGCCACGCACAUUUGGUCACCAUCCACUGUUUCAACCUGGUGCCGAAGGCACGGAGCGCACGACUGAGGUACUGGAAGCGUACAUUUGCUAUCGACCUGAUUUGGGGUAUGUACAAGGCAUGAGCUAUUUGGCGGCCACACUGUGCUUCCACAUGGACAGCUUCACUGCUUUUAAGGCGUUGGUAGCCCUGAUGAGCUCUAGUUUGCUUUUUGACAUGUUCCGUCUGGAGUCAACGCGAACAUUUCACUACAUUGAUGUUUAUAAUCAAAUUUUAGAAUACGAAUUGCCAUCCUUGGCGACGCAUUUUCAAGAGACUGGUAUCGAUGCACAGAUGUACGCGGUUGACUGGGCUCUCACACUUUUUACUCGAAGCUUGCCAUUGGACCUUGCGUUGCGCAUCUGGGACGUCUACGUCCUGCUAGGAUCGCCAUUCUUUUUCCAGGCUAGCAUGGGUCUUUUGUCACUUUUCCAAGAUUCACUGUUAACAAUGGAGCCCGAAGACAUUAUGCAAUUGUUACACAACUUUCCCAAGAACCUGUCAUCGCAACAGCUUUUCGAGUCCAUUGCGUCCGUCAAUCUCUCGUGUCAGGAGAUUACGGAUUUGUUAGCUGGAGGAAAGCUUUGGUCACCCGAUGAGGUUCGUCAGGUACCUGUAAAAUUCCCUGAUACUUAUGAGUAG